AUGAUCCAUCCGAAAGUCUCUUCACCUUUGUAUGCUGCGUUACGUAAGAAAAGACGGACUAGCAGUGGCAAAACAUUAGUCGAAUCUGCUAAAUCAGUACGGCAUCAUGAAAAAAGUUUUUCAGCAGAAUGCGAAGGACCCGCUCCAGUACGCUAUGCAGAUUUGUACAAACGAGAAAAGGCUCGAAUUGAAAUGGCUUAUAUGUCGAAAAAGAAAAACGCGUAUCUCAUCGCGCCUGACACCUUAAUACCUAAUUCAAUUUUUCGUAAAUCGCUCAAAAAGAAAGAAACAAAGCCAAUUGAAAAUUUAAAUUUCAACAAUCUCCCUGAUAAAGAUGAUGACGAAUGGUCAGAUCUGGUAGAUCCAGAUCCUGUAACAAAACCGACUAAAGAAAAACUACCAAAAGGAGCACUUGUGUCACGUCAAAAAGAUACUAUGCCAGAUUUAUUUAAACGAAUGCUCAAUGAACCUUGGUGGAAACAAGAAAAAGAUGGCAAACCGAAUCUUCGUUCUAUGUUACUUUAUUUAAUUGAAAUUCUUAAAUUAAAACAAAAUGAUUCCUUUGCAUCGGCAUGUUCUUAUAUUGCUGAAAUAUUCCGAACGAGCGGUAUCGAGCCAGUAAUUGUCAACCAAAUUCUUGAUAUACUUCUUCAUCAUUUAUCGAAAGAUAAACAUCAUCCGUUAGAUGUAUGUACAAUUCAUGCAAUUGCUGAAUUUAUGAUCGAAAGAAAAGAUAUUAUUGUUCAAUUACUUGCCUAUGCACUUACUCUUGAAGCAAAUGAUAAAUCUCGACAAGAAGUUAUUAAUGCAAUUAAAUUUUUAACUGAUGUUAAUACGUCCGAUGAUAUUGAUUUAGUUCUUGCUGAUAUGUCACUCGUUCACAAUGCCGCUGAUGAAAACUUUUCAUUAAAAAGAAUUAUCGAUGGAAUUGAAGGUAGAACGAAAAACGUCGUAUCAAGAACUAAUGCAGAUAACGCUGAUGAUGACAUUCAUCCAUUAUUGAAAAAGAUUUCCGAGGAACGAUGGUUUUCUCGAGGGCAUUUUUCUAUUACGCUCGAUUUUGUGCUGGAUGCAAUCAUAGAGAAAAUGGCAACAGCAUCGAAGAAAAACCUUAAAACAUUCACGUCAUAUCUUGCCGAAUUAAAUAGUGUUAUUGGUUUUUCUAAAGAACAAUUUGAUCGAGCUGCAAAUACUGUGAUAUCAAUUCUAUCGCAUCAUGAUGCUGACUAUCGGCUAAUAGCUGCAACAGCUCUUGCUAAUCUUCAACAAGAAACAAAAGCUAUCGCUAUUGCAUUAUUAAAUUCAUUUUUAAACGAUGCUCGAGUUCUUGUUCGCACUGAAUGCUGUGAUUCAUUAAAAAAAUUAACCGGUAUCAUGUCCGAUACGGUAUUAACUGAUUGUGCAAAUGAAAUUUCGUAUUUACAGAUUUUACCGGAAGACAAUUUUAGUCUUCAAAAUUACCUGAAAGAAAAAAAUCGUUUGUCAACACCAACGCCGACUGGAGAGCACCGAUCAGUAGAAAUAGACGAGCAACCGGAUGACUCAAAUAGUAUCCGAACGCAUGACAUCGAACAAACACGUUCUUGUUCGCCGUCUUCGCAAUUUAUUGGAACCGCAUCGAUUAAAAAUGAUUUUUCUCGACCAGCAACAAAUGAGCCUAGUGCAUUUAGUGUUCCAUCAAGUUUGAUUUCAUCAACGACACAACUGCAGACAACGAUUCGUGUAGAAAUAAAUGAAAAGCGAAAUUUCGAUGCAUCCUAUCCUCCACGACCUCGACGAGACCGAACGCCAACUGAAAUGAAUCGGCAAAGACAACCGCCCAUAUCCGCGGCUAAAACUUCUGUACCAGAAGAACUCAAACGACAACGUUCAUCACUUUUGCCCAACAAUACAAAUAUGUGGGAUUCUUAUGCAAAACAAAAUGGUACUGAAAAACAAACAGAAAUAACCGUCCAACUAAUUUCUCCUAUUGUUUUAGAAAAUAUUUCACAAAAAGACGCCGAUGACUCUCAAUCGAAUGUUGUACCUGAAUCGAAUACAUUGGUUAACGAUCAAGACCCAAUCAAUGAUCCUGUUCAAAAACUUCUCGAUGAACAUAAAAGAACGGCGGGCUUUUAUCGCAUGUCUAAUCGUCGUGUACUUAUUCCAAAUAAAGUUUCCAUGACUGAUCUUUUUUGUGAUCAAGGUCAUAUUGUUGAUGAUCAUGAUGAAUCUCAAUUGUCAUCACUUCAACACAAUACAAUGAAUUUAUUAGAUUUAAAAAGAAAUCAAUAUCAUUUAAAUGAAGUUGAAUUUGUUCAAUUGCUUUCAUCACUUGUCGUUCGUGCUCUACAAGUACAUCGACAACAUGAAACGGUUAUACCAGGUACAUUGUCGGGAAAUUUCGGAAGUGUAUUAAGUAUUUCCCCCAUGCCAUUGCAUGCAACAUCAAAGAUGUAUCAAUUCAGUAGCAUUUCUCCGUCGAAAUUACCAAAUCUUCUACAUCAACAGCCGACAUCACGACAAUUUGGACAAAUUCAAUCGCAAGCACAGAAAAGAGCGAGCAAAGAAGGUAUCAAUGUUAGUAAAGCUCAAAGCAUUGAAGGUGCAUUAUCAAACCUUUUGAAAACGAAUCGAGACGCAAAAAAAUCAAUAACAUUUUCAUCAACAGCAAUGCAACCUUCAAAUCCUAAUCACCUUGAUGUAACACACGCGUGGCUUCUUAUUCAAUUACUAAAAUCUCAAGGAGCAUUCAAUUCAGAGAAUUACCUUCAAAAAAUUAUUCAUUCAUUUCCAAAAUUUAUUCCAUUACUUCAUACAAGAAUACCGCCAAAUGUUAUUCCUAUCAUUUGGAAUGACCCUGUUAUUAAACAAAUUUCAUCAAUGUUUGGUAAUAAUCAGGAAGCACCGAUUAUUGAAAGCUCACCCCCGAGACAACCUGAAAUAAAAGCGCCGAGAUCAGUCAGAGAUGAUGAUAGCCCACGAAGUCCUAUUCAUUAUCCAACAUUCAUAGCUCGGGAAGAUAAUAAAAAGAAAUUUUUACCACCUAUUCGUGGUGCAAAAAUGAAUCUUCCACAUCAUGUUCUUAAAUUUGGUUUUCGUGAAAUCGAAGUGAAUUCACCAGAUUUACAAUAUCAAACAUCACCUGAUGAAAAUCGAUUAACAGCGCGUAGACGUCGAGUUUGCAUGCAUCUUAUGAUGUCCGCGAGUGACAAUGCUGAACGACGUGAAUACGUCAAAAGCCGCUUACGAAACAUGGUUAAAAAUUUUGAAACGCAUACAUUUAUGCCGAUCAUAUCACGACCUCCCAUGUUUUAA